AUGCGUCGCUCAGGCAAGAAUGAUGCCCUCAAGCUAGGGUCCUGCCUGACAGACAUAGUAAAGUGCGAGAAUAUCACCGUCGUCAAGGUCCUCGAGUUAACAGAGACAAAGGUUGGAAAGACACUGCUUUUCUGGGCUAUACAGAAGAAUGUCACCAAAUACAUCUUGGACGAGAAACGCUUCCUCGAAACCGAAACAGCCUUACACAUGGCUGCUGGGAACGACCGUGUGGAGGCUAUCCGCAUUUUGCUAGACAAGGGAAUCGACCGCACAGGGGAGGACAUUUGCGGCAAUACGGCAAAGGGAACGGCAAUGGUGAACAGCGCGGAUGAUGCCCUCGCCUACUUCCUGGGGAAAGGCAUCGAGUAG